AUGUUGUCUGCUUCAAGAUCAGCUGUUAGAGCUACACGUCAAGUUCGUGGUUUGGCUACUGCGCUCAACAAGGAUUCCCAAGUGAAUCAAAACUUGUUGGAAACACACUCAUUCAUCAACUACAAAAAGCAAUUGGAAAACUUGGACAUUGUCAAGGCUAGAUUGAACAGACCUUUGACCUAUGCUGAAAAGGUUCUUUACGGUCACAUUGACGACCCUCACGGACAAGAAAUCGAGAGAGGUGUCUCCUACUUGAAGUUGAGACCCGAUAGAGUUGCUUGUCAAGAUGCCACCGCCCAAAUGGCCAUCUUGCAAUUUAUGUCUGGUGGUAUCCCACAAGUUGCUACCCCAUCCACUGUCCACUGUGACCACUUGAUCCAAGCUCAAGUUGGUGGACCAAAGGAUUUGGCCAGAGCCAUUGACUUGAACAAGGAAGUUUACGACUUUUUGGCUUCUGCUUGUGCCAAGUACAACUUGGGUUUCUGGAAACCAGGUUCAGGUAUCAUUCACCAAAUUGUGUUGGAAAACUAUGCUUUCCCAGGUGCUUUGUUGAUUGGUACCGACUCCCACACUCCAAACGCUGGUGGUUUGGGUCAAUUGGCUAUUGGUGUCGGUGGUGCUGAUGCCGUUGAUGUUAUGUCUGGUUUGGCUUGGGAAUUGAAGGCCCCAAAGAUUAUUGGUGUCAAGUUGACCGGUAAGAUGUCUGGCUGGACCUCACCAAAGGAUAUCAUCUUGAAGUUGGCUGGUAUCACCACCGUCAAGGGUGGUACCGGUUCCAUUGUUGAAUACUUUGGUUCAGGUGUUGAGACCUUUUCAUGUACCGGUAUGGGUACCAUUUGUAAUAUGGGUGCUGAAAUUGGUGCCACCACCUCAGUCUUUCCAUUCAACAACUCUAUGGUUGACUACUUGAACGCCACCGGUAGAUCAGAAAUUGCUGAAUUUGCCAACAUCUACAAGAAGGACUACCUUUCUGCCGAUGAAGGUUGUGAAUACGACCAAGUUAUUGAAAUUGACUUGAACACCUUGGAGCCACACAUUAACGGUCCAUUCACUCCAGAUUUGGCCACCCCAGUUUCCAAGAUGAAGGAAACCGCUAUUGCAAAUGACUGGCCUUUGGAAGUUAAGGUUGGUUUGAUUGGUUCAUGUACCAACUCCUCAUAUGAAGAUAUGACCAGAGCUGCCUCUAUCAUCAAGGAUGCUGAAGCUCACGGUUUGAAGGCCAAGGCUUUGUACACUGUUUCCCCAGGUUCAGAACAAGUUAGAGCUACCAUUGCCAGAGAUGGUCAAUUGAAGACCUUUGAAGACUUUGGUGGUGUUGUUAUGGCCAAUGCUUGUGGUCCAUGUAUCGGUCAAUGGGACAGACAAGACAUCAAGAAGGGUGACAAGAACACCAUUGUCUCCUCAUUCAACAGAAACUUUACCUCAAGAAAUGACGGUAACCCAGCCACCCACGCUUUUGUUGCUUCCCCAGAAAUGGCCACUGUUUACGCCAUCACUGGUGACUUGGGUUUCAACCCAAUCACUGACACUUUAGUUGGUGCUGACGGUAAAGAGUUCAAAUUGGCUGAACCAAGAGGUGUUGGUUUGCCACCAGAUGGAUACGACCCAGGUGAGAACACCUACCAAGCCCCACCAGCUGACAGAGCUUCUGUUGAAGUUGUUAUUUCACCAACCUCGGACAGAUUGCAAAAAUUGACUCCAUUCAAGCCAUGGGAUGGUAAGGAUGCCGAGAAGUUGCCAAUUUUGAUCAAGGCUGUUGGUAAGACCACCACUGAUCACAUUUCUAUGGCUGGUCCAUGGUUGAAGUACCGUGGUCACUUGGAAAACAUCUCAAACAACUAUAUGAUUGGUGCUACCAAUGCUGAAAACGGUAAAGUUAACGAGGUUAAGAACCACUACACUGGUGAAUGGGCUGGUGUUCCACAAAUUGCUGCUCAAUUGAGAGACUCUGGUCACAAGUGGGUUGUCAUUGGUGACGAAAACUUUGGUGAAGGUUCUUCUAGAGAACACGCUGCUUUGGAACCAAGAUUCCUUGGUGGUUUCGCAAUCAUUACCAAGUCAUUUGCUCGUAUCCACGAAACUAACUUGAAGAAGCAAGGUUUGUUGCCAUUGAACUUUACCAAUGUUGCUGACUACGACAAGAUUAACCCAACCGAUGAGAUUGACUUGAUUGGUUUGACUGAACUUGCUCCAGGUAAGAACAUCAUCAUGAGAGUUAAUCCAAAGGAUGGUGAAGCUUGGGAAACCGAAUUGUCUCACACUUAUAACGCUGAGCAAAUCGAAUGGUUCAAAUACGGUUCCGCUUUGAACAAGAUGGCUGCUGUCGCUGCUGAGAAGAAGGCUGGUAACUAA